AUGGGCCAUGGACCAGUGACGGUCUGGGGAUUAUUUGAACUGGUCCAUGAAUGUCCACCUCUUCAUUCUUUGAAGCAGCGAGACAAUAAACCUUGGGUAUUGAGUCCCAAAGUUGUGCCGUGGGACGAGGUGGCCAAGUGGUUAAGGCGAUGGACUGCCAAAGUUGUACAGCAUGGCUCAGCUGAUCCCUCGGCCUGGAGUCUCAGAAGGCCAAGAUCAAACUGGGCGGUGAUCGCCCCCUGCGACUCCGGAGGCACACAGCAGUCUGAGCACCGCCGCUGCCGCCGCCCGACCCCUCUCACAGCCUCCAGCUCUGCUGAUAGGCAACCGAGGGCCACACGCGAGCUCCCCGGACACCUGUUUCCCAGGUUCUGCCACGCUGGUGACUUGUACGGGUUCCCCAAGCUUCCACCUCCGUCUGCGGGGGAGUCCUGCGCUCCCGCGUCUCCCCACCGCCUGGCUGGCCAGCCGCUCCCGCGCCCGGGUGGGAUGGGCGGCGGCUCGGCCGCAGGACCCCGGCCUCAGGGUAAAUCCUCUCCUCCCCCUUCUCCGCCUAAGCCCUGCCCUCCUCCUUCAGCAAACCGCUCCGGCCGCCAGCCGCCGGGAGCCGGGCGCCGGCACCGCUUGGCACCGCGGCUCCGAGACCCCGGAAGGGAAGAUCCCAGCCGCACCGACUGUUGCUCUUUAGGGCAGAUCGGGAGGGAGCAGGCUGCCCGAGGAGCUGUCACCGAGGACACCCGAGGCUCUCCCUUGGCGCUCGGAGUCCGGGGCCGCGCCAGAGCCCGCGUGGGGCGAGGAGGAUGCGCACCUCCUCCCGCAGAGCGGCUGCGGGCCCGGGCGCUGCGUGGACUCGGGCUCCGGCGGCUGCCCGUGCCGUGCCUGCGCCGCGGGAGCGCGCCCUGCCGCACCUGGCUCCGGCCUCCCGGGGAAGUGCAGGAAACGCGCCCUAAACUCCACUACUUCUCGUCCGCUUCCUCCCCCUUCCGGCUCCCCGCCCGGCUCCCGGCCGCCGCCGCCGCCGCCCGCGUGUGGGGCCCGCCCGCCUCUUACUCUCCCGCGCGCACGCACUGCGCGGUCGCUCGCUCCCAUUCACGCCGACACGCUCUCCGCGGAGCCCGAGCCCCGGCUUCCGAAACUACUGGACCAACUGCCGCGGGGACUGCGGGAGCGACCCGUGGCCCGGCGCGACCCGUCUUCGGCGCCCGCGACCUGGGCUCCCGCCCCCGCCGCCGCGCCCGGGACGGAGCAACAUCAUCUAUCAAGACACUCAAGAAAAGUGAGAAACCAAGAAGAAUAGUUAGUUAUAAGGAUCGUAGUAGGAAUACAGGCUGGAGGGCUCUUCUCAAGGUGUCUGCUCUCUGGGACCCCGGCUGUUGGAGCACCAUCCAUGGAGACUCUUGGCUGAUCUUUUGAUGCAGGGAAAAUAGAUCACCAUGGAGGACAGGCUGGCUCUAAAAGGAUUCCCUUGGAAGGGACACAAGUUACUUGUAUUCAUGUCAUUAGUCAAAUUGAUUCCUAUGGCCAACUCUGACAUCGAUGAAGCAAAGAAAUACAGCUCACCCCCAGGGAGGACCAAAAAUUUGGGAAGUUUAGUACUGUCUACGGGGUUAGAUACAAAUGCUGGGCAUUUCCUAAAAGUACGAUUUUUCUAAUCUUUUCAGUGGUAAGUCAAAUAAAACUUCAGAGAGAGAGAGAAGUAUAGAAGGCAAGACGAAAAACGUCUGCAAGGUAUUUUCUCAAAGGCGACUUCUACAGAAAUGGCCUCCAGGAUUCCUGUCCUUUCACAAAUAGAUAUCUUCACCUUAAUUACUUCUGCUAAAAUGGAUUUGAGUCAUUAUCGACAGGGAAUUUAUAUGCUUCACCAUUGCCUUUUGAAUUUAGAACAUAUAUUUAGAAUUUGGAAUCAUGUUCUCUGAUGUCAGUUCUUCAGCUGAUUUUUUUAAUGUGUUAUAUGAGCAAAUGUAGAUUGUAACUAUAAACACAGUGCAAGGAAAAGGCAGGCCCAUCUGUCUUUUCCAAACUUGAUUAGGGAAGGUUGCGCAGACAAUACUUUUGGUAUGGUUUUAAAAUUAAGGUUAAGUUGCUUUGAAGCCAAUUGAUUUAUUCAUUUUGAGGGUUAGGAUCAAACAAACUGAAAAAAAUAAACACAUUCCCAAAGACACAUUAUGUUGCUACUUUAAAACCACAUUUAGGGGCACCUGGGUGGCUCAUAAGG